GGUCCCCUGGUCUGCGAAUCACAACUCGAAGAAGAAAUUCCAACCAAAACAGUCCGCGGUGCUCUUCGUUUGAAAACAAUUCGCUCUCCAGGUGGAAAUAAAUUUCUCUGAAUUUUUUUCUUUUCUUAUUUUUCUUAUGUUUUUUUUUGGUUCGCACUUCUAUCUAACACCGCUCUGUUAGACCAGCUAAGAUGUUAGCUAAACGUUAGCCUGUUCAGAUUUUCAUUUCUCCGGGCCGAGCUGAUGUCUGUUAGACGGGUUCUGGUGGGUUGUACCGUGUUGUCUGUGCAAGAUUCCUGCGUGUUUUACCCCUGCUGCGAAGGCUGCUUCUCACGGCUCGAUGCCGAGCAGAGAGGCUCCAUCAGGUAUAGGUGCUCCAGGUGUGGUUACUGGUGUCUGAAGGAUCAGGUGGACUACAGGUACCGUCUGUCACUGUGGGUGGUCCGGGACGCCUCCACGUUCGGCGUAACGGUGUUUGGAAACAGCUUGAACGCCUUUUUUGGUAUCCAUGCAAGUGGGUUACAGAGGUUAGUGGACAAUUGGGAGGAACCCGUAGGGACAUCAGCGAGGUCCACGCUGUUGGCGAAAGCAGUUCAAGACUGUUUCCUUGGUAGAUACUUCAUCUUUGGCAUAAAGGUGAGCGGAACAGAAAGAGAACCUUGGCUUGAGCAUCCUGAUGGAAAUGAGUCCGGCAGGAGAGAGAGAGCCCAGUUUGUUGCUACCCAGAUGAUUCUUCCCACAGCCUCCGGCCCGACUGGCUGCACGGUGCUCAGUUAUUUUCAGCGCCUUCUUCAGAAAGCCUCAGAGCACGUAGCGGAGUCUGUUGAUUGCAGCAAAGCCUUUAGACCUCUCACAGCCCCCCUGCUGCUGAUCGCUGGUCCCUCUCCGAAAAGCAGCGCCAGAGACGUCUCUCCCUAUCCUUCUGGUCUUCUUUCCCAUUCGCUGCUCGGAUUGCCACUCCAAGACCACACAUUCGCUUCCACCUCUCCAUGGCAGCAGUCGCUUGGACUUGAGACGUCCUCAGCAGUGCAGGAGGAAGGAUGCAGUCAGGAUGGCGGAGACGAGAACCGCAGACUGACAGGAAGCAACACAACACCACACCCUGUGCAGAGAGUUUACCCGGAGGACCAUCCAGGCACCGUCCAGUUAGAGUGCAGUUUUCACUGUAGUCCAUCUCCUGCUGGGUAUUCACGCUCUUCUUGUAAAUAUGACGUUGGGAGCAGCUUCAGUGCGGACACUCGCUUCAGCCAAUCCCGGCAGAGGUAUAAGAGCUACAGCCUCGCUCCAGAGGAGCUUCCCACCACACAACAAAGCAAGUCGUUUUUAUCAAGCUCGGUUGCCUGGGAUGAAUUUCCCUUCUCCGAGAGUCUUGCCGAAUUUCUGUGCGAGCAAAACAGAGCUUUCGAUUUGCAGGAUCAAAAACAAGCGUCAAGCACCUUUGUGGAAACCGCAAACCUGCCUGCUGAACAAGCUUCCGCUUGUCAGAUAGUCUCCAUAGAUAAGCUGAAAGAUGUCACUAAUUUGCUCCCUCCAGGCGGAGACGGGGAAAACGUUUUAUCUGUUCAAGGCGGUAAAAGCUGGACCGAACGCCUGAACAAGUCUGAAGGCGCAGGGAUUCCACAGCAUGAAGAAGUUUUAUUGUUUUCUGAGGAACAAGACGGGCACAACGAAAUGGACGGUUACAACUGCUCGGCUGACUUAUUCGGUGACUCACUCACGAUGGGGAUGCACACGGAAACGGAUGCAACUCUUGCACAAACUGUGAGCUCACCUUCGAAUGCUUGUCUCCAGCGCGCUGACCUGAACGAUCAGAAUCUAAGGAACGCACACAAGAGUGUGUCACAUUCGACGCCGAAACUAAAAAGCAAUUUGUGGAUGAAAAGAGAUAGUUUAUGUCUACAAGAUGUUGACUUUGUUCCCCCUUCUCAGUUGUCGCCCACAGCCGCACCCUGCAGAAAUUUAAAGUGCUCAAAAGAAAAUUUAAUGCGGAGCAUGAGAUCCGGCACGUGCGAGAACCAAGUCACUCCCAGAAGGAGAUUGAGGAAACCCGAGAAAAUGAAAGACAGACUUCCAGUUGGAGAGCGCGUAAUGGUGCCAGGGGGAGCGUUGAUGUAUGCGUCACCAAGAAGGACUUGUCAGAAACAGGAAUCUGAAGCCAGUCAUGUGACAGUUUGUGAUUAUGAGGGUGGUGAGGGAGUAAUUGCUCCUACUCCCACUCGCAAAAUGCAGCCGGGCGUCGCACUCAGAAAAGGACGGCGGUCGGUAAACUGGAGUUGUAUCAGGAAAGGGUCUGGGGGUGACGGGGGUUUUAGCCGGGAUCAGACUCAGGCAGAAUUUGACAGAUCUGAGGAUCAGCUCUCUGAGGAUGGAAACCAAACACGCGACUGGUCAAGGGAUCUGUUUUCAGACUCCCUCUGAUUGCAUAACACCUGGAAAAAAUACGCGUUAUAGAUUUUAGACGGUUCCCGGCUGCCUUUACCUGUUUUUUUUGCACUCUUAAUCUAAAUGUUUUUGUUUCCCUUCGACAGGCUCAGGGCAUACACUGAUGAUCAGCUCUCAUAAAAAAAAAAAAAAUAAGGGGGAAAAAAAUGUCACACUCUGCUUGUAAAUGGAAAUAAUUUAACAGAAUCUUGUUGAUGAAUUACGUUUUAGCAUUAUUUCCUCACAAGUCCUCCAUAAAGCUAUAUCUAAAAGUCAAA